AUGCAGCGUCCUAAGCGUAAAGUCCGGGAUGGUGACACCAUCCGGCGAUUGUUCACUUGCACCUAUGACGGAUGUGGGAAAUCUUUCUCGCGGUCUGAGCAUCUCCAUCGUCAUCAGAAGAAUCACACCGACGGAGAUGCAACGUGCUCGCGAUGCCGCGCUCACUUCAAGCGCCAGGACCUUCUCGAGAGACAUAUGAACCGGCAUAAACAGAAGGAUGAAGAGGCCGGCGGUGACGGCACCGGUACAUUGAACACGCGCAAACGCAUGUGGAAGGACCACGAAGGGCGAAUUGUCCAGAAGAAACCCAUAGAGCACUCGUCCCUUGAUGAUGGCAGCCCGGAGGCUUCGUUCGUAUCCCGAGUAGAUGGACCUAUAUCGCCUCCCAUCUCGUCUAAUAACUCAGACUUGCCAAGCGACAGCGACCCAAACCAGACAUCUUUCUCCAACGACCACAGCAUCCUGCCGGAUUAUCCAUUACCAACGGGCCAGUUUGGCUCUCAAGGUUCUGUCGGAUAUUGGAUCACCACCGAGUCUCAGCCUCAGGGCCUUGUGUCUCCUUACCUUGAAAUAAAUUACGAUGAAGUCUUUCAGCCAGACACCGCAAGUUCAUUCAACAUGCCCUACACAACACAAGUAAACUACGAUUGGCUAUUUAAUUUAGACCCUAAUUUUCCGAGCACUGAAAAUAUCGCCCAACCCCCAUAUGUUCCCUCCACGUCUUUGGCACCGUACUCCUGCGAACCCCAGCAACCCCAAAUGCCUAUGAAUUUAAGCCGAGCCAAUUCCUCGGCCGAGGUUGGCCAAUAUGAUGUUAGCACGACGGAGAGCCCCUUGACAUCCAUGGCUUCAUUCUAUGCGCGCUCAAGAGGAAGUACACAAAAUACGACGAGCCCGAGCGUCUCAGCAGGCCUUGCCCCGAGUCUUCCGUCCCCUGUGAAGCAAGAUUUCGUGGAUGGAUUCGGUGGCUCUAGUGAAGUAGAAUUUGAACGUCCUUUGGCCAUGCUUCAGUCAUCAACUCGCCUACCGUCUAUAGAUGAAUACACAUACACCCGGAUCCUGGAUACCAUAAAAAUCGCAAGGCCGUCAGCCCCCGACAGCUCCCCUCUAGAAGUAAACAGCCCACUGCUGUCACGUUCAUCGUUACAGACAUAUUGUGAUUUGUACUUUAUAAGAUUCAAUACUGCAUAUCCGUUGAUUCAUCAAGCUACUUUCGAGCCGAGUCAGAAGGAAUCUUUACUACUUUUAUCUAUAAUUCUCCUUGGAGCGACAUACCACGAUAAGGAUGUACACCAAUUGGCCGUCUGUAUACACGACGUUAUCCGCCCAGCAAUUUUCUCUCAUGCAAACUUCAAUCCCAAGCCAGAGCUUUGGAUGCUUCAAACGAUCUUGUUAGUUGAAUGCUUCGGCAAGAGCCGGGCGGGACAGAGACAACAUGACAUGAGCCACUUGUUUCACGGAAUGUUGAUCAAUCUAAUUAGGCGAUCUGACUGUCAGUCAGUUCGCCCAUGCCGACCUACCGAAAAUAGCAAGGUUCGGUUAAUGGAUGAUCAUAGCUGGAGGCUGUGGAUAGAAGCCGAAGAGAAGAAAAGGCUGGCACUUCUAUGCUUUAUGUGGGAUACUCAGCAUGCAGUCCUAUUUUGUCAAUCUCUGUGUAUGUCGGCCUUCGAGCUUAGACUGACGCUUCCCUGCACACAAGCCUUAUGGGAAGCCCCUACAGCUGCGGAAUGGGGGCACCUCUCCUUGUCAACCCCUCCUGAGCCCAUGUAUCUACUUGCACUGAAAUCCUACAUCACACAUGACACACACCCGACUCUGCACCUUAAUGGUCUCUCUAGGAUCAUUGUCUUCCACGGUUUGAUGUCCAUAUUUUGGGAUAUGCGACGACGAGAUCAGACUAGUCUUGGUGUCAUAUCCUCUCAGGGUGGGCGCUGGCAAUACCGUCUGGGAGCCUCCUACGAGGCAUGGAAGGCAGAUUUUGAUAAUUUUUGCUGUCACCAGUUUGAUCUCACCAUGACUCAAAUCAACAAAGGCGUUAUCCCCGAGAGCGCGAAACUUGAAUUGGAUGUUUGGCGUACCGCCUACGUGGCUGUUUAUCACGCUGCCCACGUGCUUCUGCAUUCCGAGUUCCUCGACAUUCAAAUAUUUGCGGGCGCGCGACAUAUCCUAGGUCGUUCGGUUCAACGCACCGAUUUCAUGCGCUCCGAGAAGGUCGUCAAGCGUUGGGCCACAAACUAUAUUGGCCAGCGCUCUAAUCAUAGCGAAGAAGCUUCAGGGGCACCCUUGGCAGCUUGGCAUGCAGCUAUGCUACUUCAGAUCGCAUCACAGACGCUCGUAGAUUUCGAUGCUAUGGACUUGUUUCACGUGCCGUGGUGCCUAUAUUUGGCGACGCUGACCAUAUGGACUUUUCACCAUGCCGGUGCCAAGGGGCUCGGCCCCGUCUCCGGAGAUGUCAGCGAGCUAGUAUGGGACGCCCGGGCGGAGAUGCAGGUGGUGGUGGACUCGAUGGCGGAAGCGGGAGCCGAGGGCUUAUCCGUCAUGCAGGGAUUGAAGCGGACCGGGGGGUUGGUGUGGGUUAUGGCAGAGGCGUUGAGUAAAGUCCGUUGGGGGAUCGUCCACGCCGGUGUCAUCGUGCUCAAAGGCUUGGUUCCGGGGAGGCUGAUAGGUCAGUUUGAUGAGGUUUCUAUUUGAAGACAUUUCUCAUAGCCAUGGUCUCCAUGCAAGCAGUUUACAUGUAUAUAUACCCCCGGUAUUUUGGUAUUAAAUGUCCGUUGGGGGCUUAUACGACGAUAUGAUUAUAGGUAGGAAUUGCCAGGUAUCUAGGCCGGUUGCGAAGGAUAGGUAGGAUACUUGGGAUAUUAUAGGUAGAUAGGUCACACAUGGUACGCUACCUACCUAAGGUACGCUUGCCAUCGAAUGAGGAACGAAGAGACGUUAAGACUAUACAGCCUAGGUACAUAGGACUAAGAUGUGUUUC